ACUUGGUUUUCUGUAUGUGACAUGUACUAAGCCUACUAGGAGCGAUUCCUGGGGCGUCUUUUUUACCUUAAUAGAAAAAAAAAAAAAAAAGUACCGCCAGUACUGCCAGUAAAAAACGAACGCAGCCAUAUGUUCUAAGAUAUAUACCUAAUUUAAAUUUCACAAUUGUAGUACACAUAAAUAAUUAUAGGAAAACCAAAACUAAAACUUAAGCAGAGAAACAACAUAGAAGAGAGAUUUUAGAGAAAAACAGAUGCAACCUGAGCACUAUUUUUACCAUGAACUUUGAUACAAGCUACAGAUUAACAUGUGCAAUUUGUGAAGGAAACCUAGAAAGAGUAAGGGAGCUAAUUACUUCUUUUGGACUCCCUUAUACACAAGCAUGGGCAGAAGGAUAUGGUUUCCUUUGUGAAGCUAUUAGGAAUAAGCAAACACAAGUUAUUAAACUACUUUUAACAAACGGUUCUGAAGUUAACAGCAACACUGCUGAAUAUACUGAUACUCCACUUCAUUUUGCUGUUAUAAAUGGUGACAUAGAAAUUGUUAAGAUGCUUCUAGACAGAUAUGCUGACGUUAAUGCUACAUCUUAUUAUGGCACAACUCCCUUUCACUAUGCAAUUGAACAUGAGAAAAUGGAAAUUGCUGAAUUACUUUUCAAUCAUGGAGCUAAUGUUAAUGCCAGAAGCCAUUACGGUGUUACACCACUGUAUCUUGCUGUUCAAAGAGGACAUGUAGAUGGUGUUAAGAUGCUUAUGGACAAAGGUGCUGACAUUAAUGCUGAAACUCGGGAUGGCACAACUCCUCUUCACGAUGCGAUUGAAAAUAAGAAUAUAGAAAUUGCUGAAUUACUUUUAAAUCAUGGAGCUAACAUUAACGCCAGUAACGAUGACGGUAAGACACCACUGUGGUUUGCUGUUGAAAGCGGACAUGUAGAUGGUGUCAAGAUGCUUAUAAACAGAGGUGCCAACGUUAAUGCUAAAACUCGGGAUGGCACAACUCCGUUUCACUAUGCGAUUGAAAAUAAGAAAAUAGAAAUUGCUGAAGUACUUUUAAAUCAUGGAGCUGACGUUAACGCCAGUAACGAUGACGGUGUUACACCAUUAUGUCUUGCUGUUAAUAACAGACAUGUAAAAGUUGUUACGAUGCUGUUAGACAGAGGUGCUAACAUUAAUUCUUCAUCAUAUAAGGUUUAUCAUGCCCUUUNUNGUGGCAUCAAUGGUUAUGAACCAGUUGCUGAGAUUCUUACACAGCAUAUAGUUAAGAUGAAAACUGCAAAUUUCUACGUAAGUGAACAAUUAUUGUCAGUGAGUAGCAAAUAUGAAAUAAGAUAUUUACAGGAUAUAUGUGAAACAGAAGUAGCAAUCAUGAAAAAUGAGAAAAUUAGUAAUUCUAACAUUUCAUUGUAUGAUAUCUUGAUAAAAGAUACAAAUCCAUUAGCAAAAUAUAUGAGAAAUAAAAAUGUAGUGCAGGUUUUAAGAUCAGAAGAUUAUAAAACAAAAUAUCCAAUGUACGCUAGCAUGAUAAAAAGUAAGUUCAGAAAAGGUAUGGAAAAGAAAGAGUUGCUCGAACAAGGCACUAAAAUUUUCUCUUUUUUCUGUAAUUUUCCUGAGCUACCACAUGAGUGUAUUGAACAAAUAUUUAGUUACCUCAGUAAUAACGACGUAAGAAGUUUAAUAGAUACUUGUAAGUCUGUUAGUGUCAGUAAUCUUAAUACUGAUAUUACUGAUGUAACACGUAUCUCAAAUACAUCUAAAGUGCUAUGUGUGUAAGUUAAAGAAGAACGAACUACUUUAAACGUGAAAUAACAGCUAUAAAAAUUUAAAGAUUAUUACUUUAUUUUAUAAAUACAGAUUACUAUCUUAUUUUAAAAUUAAAGGUUUAUAAGAGAGUUUAUCGUAUUUUAGUUUUUUAAAAGUUGGUUUUUACGUUUAUAUUCUCUUGUAUAUGUUUUCUUAUGAUGAAUCGGAGGAAAACUAGGCUGUUUUAUAUCUCUCACUUUUUUUCAAACUUUGUGUCAGAUUUUAUAACAUUUUUACAACGAAAAAUUUAUACACAUUAAUCCGAUGGAUACUCUUUCAUUGAACAGAGUGUAACACGUGUAAUUGCUUUUAUUAAUUUAAAAAAUAAAAUUANAUUGGAAAACUUUGAA